CCAUCUGCGCCCCUCCCCCUUCGCCAGCGGCACCCCACGUACGCCCCGCCGCCCUGCGAGGUUCAGUGGUGCGGGAGGGUCGCCUACCUGUGUGUGUGCCAGGAGCGGAGGCUGCGGGACGUUUUCACGCACUUUGGCCCACCACGGACACCGCUUUUGCUGACGCCACGAAACAAAGCGGGAAGGAGCAAUGUUUCCUCAUAUGUAUAAAGUGAGGCCUCCUAAAGGAUCAGGAAUUCGAGAGCCUUCAAAAUCUGAAGGUCCUGGUUCCGAGCCUCAGUGGCAAGGAGAUUCUUGGAGGCGACCCAAUCGUUGGGACCAGUCACCACAAACUCCCGCACAGCAGUCCAUGCCUUCCACACCACAGCCUGUCCAGUCUGCAGAGCCACAAGCAAAUCUCGUCAGGGACUUGAGCUACAUUCCCUAUUGGGACAAUGACCCACCAGACCAGUGUCCUGAGGGGGAGCCUCCAGUCAACAGCACUAUGUCAGUGCAUGCAGGUGAUGGUGACACCUUGACUGGGAGUGACAAUCCAACUCCAUGGAGGAAGAGUAGCCAACAUAGGAAUGAAAGUCCUGUAGCUUCACAACCUCAACACAAAUCAACUUUAACCUGGACUCCGGUUCAGCCAGCAACAGACAGCAAACAACAGCAAACUACAUGGAUUAUGGAGGCAGUAUUCUUCCAACCUUGCAGCCACAGACUGCACACCCAGCCAUGCCCUUUCACGGGAGACAUGCCCUACAAAAAACAAGCAAACACAAAUCCUCCAGCAAAAAUGUCAGCCACAGUGCUCAGGAAAAGGAGCACUGAACCUCCACUUGCCCCACAGAAUGAACGUGUAACUAGGAUCAGACAAGGUCAGACAGACCAGGAAGAGAACAGGGAAGCAAGGCAGCCACAGAGGAUAAGAACACGGAAAGUAGACAAUGAUCUUCAGAAUGACAGAAAUUCUACAGAUAACAAUACAAAGAACAUGCAGGAAGCCAACGAUGCACGUCCACCUAUUAAAAGAUGGCGGAGCAGGGAUGAAACAAAUUCUGUGAAACCCAGGGAUGAUUUGACAGACAGAAAAAAUAUAUUUCAGAGAGAAAACAGCCGAGAUGAAGAGCGUUUCAGGCAGGAAAGAGAAAAAAGGGAAGAACUGAGAAAUAAAAGAGAUGAACUUAGGAGAAGAGAACAAACUGAAAGAGAAAAGAGAGAGGAACAACGACGGAAGGAACAGGAAAAAGAACAGGAAAGCACAAGUUCAAUAGAUGAUAUACGCAAAAGACACGAGAAAGAGAGAGAAGAACUAAGAAGAUUACAAGAAGAAAGAGACAGACAGGAAGCACAAAUGAGACAGAAACCAGAAAUGAAUGAAAAGGCUGAGAAAGACAAACAAACAGAAGUUAACAAUCAGAAUAAGCCAUUUUUAAGAAAAUUUAGUAGACCUGAACCUGAAGAAGUGUUGAGGAAGAACAGUCGACCAGAGCCUGAAGAAAGAGUGAGGAAGCCAAGUCAACCUGAGCCUGAACGAAUGAUAAGAAAAACAAGCCGCCCUGAGCCUGAAGAGGUGCUGAGAAAGACUAGCAAACCUGAGCCUGAAAUGUUGAGGAAGACCAGUCAACCUGAACCUGAAGAAAGAGUGAGGAAGGCAAGUCAACCAGAGCCUGAACGAAUGCUGAGAAAGACAAGCCGACCUGAGACAGAAGAAGUGCUGAGAAAAAACAGUAAACCAGAGCCUGAGGUGUUGAGAAAGACCAGUAAACCAGAACCUGAAGGAGUAGUGAGGAAAACUAGCAAACCAGAGCCUGAAGAAGUGGUGAGAAAGACAAGUAAACCUGAACCAGAAGGAUUACUAAGAAAAACUAGUCGGCCAGAACCAGAAGGAAGGCUGAGGAAAAUUAGUAGAGAGUCUGAACCGGUACAAAGAAAGACUAGCCAACCUGAAUCUGAGAAAGUAGUUUUACGAAAAGUUAGUGGCCAGGAAACAUCAGAGGUCCCCAGAAAGACAAGCAAUCAAGAACCUGACAAACUGUGUAGAAAAAUUAGCACUGACCAGUUGAAGAGAAACAGUAAACAUGAGCCUGAGGAAUUACUGAGGAAGACAAGUAAGCAAGAGAGUGAUGAUGAAGAGCCAGAAUGCUUGCAGGACAGAGUAAGUAGGUUUGGUGUACAGCUGAGAUCCAGGAAGCCGUCAAACCCACCACCACCUAAAGGACCCGUUCCCUCUGAAAGUGAAGAAGAUCUGGCUCUCAUGAAUGACAAGAAUAAGUUGUCUAAUAUCAAAAACAGAUGGGAGUCAAAAAUACAAAACGAAAAUGAACAGAGAGAUAGAAAGCGAAGUUUGACCCAAAAACCCAGUAAAAUGGAAAAUGAAACAGAUAGGAAGGAGUCCAUCAUAGAAAACAAACCAGAAAGUAAGGAUGAAAAAAAUGAAACAGAGAAGAAGAAACCCAAUCAAAAUGUCCAAACAGCUCCUGGAAAACAGCAAACACCAGGUCAAAAAGACACCCAGAGUAAAGAAGACUUGCAAGUUCAAAAGGAUCCUUCAAAUAAGCCAGUGAUGCAUCCUACAGAUCAGAAGGAAAGAAAUACACAAAAACUAAAGGAUAAAGGUGAAAUAGACCCUCCACCUAAAGUAAAACAAGGUCUAUUUUUCCAAGAUGUCAAAUUAAAGAAGGCUAAAACAAGUGUCCCUGAAAAAUCUAAACCAGAGAGCAAACAAUUUCUCGAAGAAGUCAAAUUACGGAAGGUUGAAACAAAACCACGUGCUGUUCACCGUGUAAAUAGUGUAGUAGAGUUCUCAGAUGAUGAGGAUGACCUCUUAGAAGAAGAAGAAGAAAGUGAGGAAUCUGAUACAGAAUCAGAGUCAGACGACUCAGAAGAGGAAACAGAUGAAGACGAGGAAACAUCAGAAGAAGAAUCAGAGGAGGAGGAGGAGGAGGAGGAGGAGGAGGAGAAACAACCAAAAAUAGAUAAUAAGGCUAAGAAGACUGAACCACCACAGCCCACUCCUCAGACCAACACUGCUUUUGAGGAAGUUCCAUGGUGGGAGGAGCCAUCAGCUGAAGAGGAUGAACCAGAGUUGAUUUGGGACCAGUCUACAGAUGACAUGAUCACUCAGUCUAACAAUGCCCUGGAAAGUCCCCUUCCAUGGUGGGAACAGCCUCAGGAUGAUGAUGGGUCUAAUAAUGCUCACCAAAGUCCCAUCCCAUGGUGGGAACAGCCUCAGGACACAGGGUCUAACAAUGCUUUGGAAAGUCCUGUUCCAUGGUGGGAACAACCUCAGGAUGCCAGGGAAUGGAGUCCAGGUUCACCAGUUUUCAAGAAAGAUGUGUUUGAGAGCAUGAAGGUGAAAUCCCAGCCACCACCCCCUCCACCACCACCAUCAUCUAAAAAACAAAAAGAUGAUGGUUCAGGACCUCCGCCACCUCCCCCAAUGCCUGGACCACCACCACCACCACCUCCCCAGCCUGGGAGCCAUCCAAAGAGGCCAACUUCUGUUGCCAAGAAACAAAAACUUGAUCAACUUAAAAAGGCCGCCCGAUCACGCCCUGACUGGAAUGGACUACUGCGAGAUAUUGAGAGUGGUAUUAAGCUUCGACGCUUGUCCUCCUGUGACAAAAUGGACAGAUCCACCCCGAUGCUUCCAAACUCCAGAGGGAAAGGUGGCAAGUUUGUCUAUGAAUCGGAGAAGCCCAUGGCCCACAAUCAGCUGCUUCAUGAAAUCCAUCGAGGUGUGAAGUUGCGUAAGGUCAAGACCAAUGACAGGAGUAAGCCAUGCUUCAGGGCUCUAGGUGUGAAGAAGCUUCGGCGUCAACUUACUAUGGAAAAUAUCAACAAACUGGAAAGCAUUCCGUCCUCCUCAGAUGAGGAAGAAGAUAUUGAUAAGAUGAGGGACGACCUGCAGGCUACCAAAGGACAACUUGAAGAUGAGAUUAAGAAUAGAAAGAAACUUGAAAGAGAAAGCAAGAUCUAUAAAAUUGACAUAGCUGCAUUACAAGCAGAAGUAAAAAGACUGAAAAGACAACUAAAAAGUGCAGGUAUUAAUGAUCCAAAGCCAAUGACUAAUGGUGAAGCAGAUGAAAUUGUGCCAAAGUUAGAAAAAUCUAUGAGUAAGUUACGAAUGCAUGAAGAUGAAGUUUUGGAUUUCUCCGAGUUAGAUACAUUAGAGACUGAAAUUAAUAACCUUAAAGGUCAAGUAGAUUCAUACAAGAAACAAGCUGAGGACUAUACAAACAAAUACAAUGAAGUUAACCAAAAGUUACUUGUGGCUGAAAAUUCUGCUUCAGAAUGGGAGCUCCGUAGCAACUAUUAUGAAAAGAAAUUUAAGGCUCUGCAGAAGGAACAGUGUAUUGAGCUCCCAGACAUAGAAAUUGUUGGUGUGCAGACAGAUCCUAUAGACUUCACUCCACCACCACCUUCAUCACCAACAGAGGAUGGUGAUAGGAGACCUUUCCCCAUGCCAUCAAAAUCAGGUUCCCGCAGAAGCUUUGCUUCAUCAGUUCAUAAAAUGGAAAGCUUCAAAGAGGAGGAAGAAGAUGAUGAUGACGAUGAUGAGGAUGAUGAAGAGGAGGAAGAAAGUGAGGAGGAAUCUGAAGAAUCUGAAGAAGAAACAGAAGAGGAAGAUGAAGAGAAGGCAGCAGAAAAAAGAGCUAUAAAUGCUGCACGAAGAAUAGAAAGAGACAUCAAGCUGGCGACUAACAAACUUAAUAAUGUAAAAUCCAAAGAAGAAAGAACACGAGAGGAAAGGAAAGCAUUAAGGGACAGAAUGACAAAAUGUUGUCAUGACAUGAAGACUGAGCGAGAAAUGUACUUUAAGACUAAGAGAGAACUUGAUGAAAUGGCAUCAGCUUUCAAAGCAUCUGAUGAUGAAGAUGACAGUAGUGAAGAUGAAGAUGAUUCUGAUGAAUCAGAUGAUUCUGAUGAGGAGGAAAUUCCUAGAGAGAAAGAAGAGGGUGAAGAAUGGUGGCUUGAUGAUACCACCAAAAAGCCAAUAAAACUUAAGAAGAAAAAGAAAAGGAAACUUGAUGCCAAUGGAGAAGAGGAAAAAGAUUCUGAACAAUUGCCUGACAUACAAGAACCUGUGUGGAGUGAAUCUGAGCAAGAGGAGAGUGAGGCAGAUGAUGAAAAGAAUGACAGUGAGAAAAGAUUAAUAAAACUUAAAAAUAGAACACAAAAGCAUGAGCAAAAACAUGCCACUCUCAGGAAGGGUGUGAGUGCACUGAAGACUAAAUUAGAACAAUCUGAAGAGUUGCUUGCUGCAGAGAAGCGGAGACGCCAGAGAUUGGAUGAGGAACUUCACAUUAUGUUGGCUGAGUUAUCAUAGUUUUAUUGUUGGCUGAAUGAUGUGGAGAUAAAUAAUAUAGAAGAUGGUGUAUGUAAGCUUUUGUAGAUAAUGAAGAUAUACAUUUAUGUCAAAGCUUUCCAUGAGAAUGAAUGGCUGAUGAAGUAUGACCAGUAAUUGCGUGAAAGAAUUCCUAUAGAACUUUUUCCUUUGAAUAGCUGGCACAACUGUUAUUGCAAUGAUGUGCUUCAGAUUCUUUGUGAUAUAAAAGGCCAUAUAAAUGUGACCAACAAGUAACUUCACUGCUCUUGACUAACCCUCCUUCAAAGUAGCAUUGGGUGGAGGCUAGUGCUAAUGGCCAGUACCCUUUGAUCUGCUGGCCCCUCAAUUCCUCACCUUGUUCUUCAUAUACAUAAACUUAUGUAAGGGGAAAAAUAAAUUGAGAUAUAAUGGA